AUGGCAAAUAAAUCUCCAUACCUGACAACCUUUGAGGCAGAGCGUACCAUACAGCCAAUCUACACCGGAGGCAGCGUUGCGCUCGACAACACUGGUAGCAUUCUAGCAACUACAUUGGGUGAAGAUGCGCUGUUGACCGACUUGAACACUGGGAGACAGCUUGCAAGGAUUGAAGGGGAUGGCGAACUCAUUUCCACUCUGUCGUGUAUGUUCUACCCCGCCCCGCAGCCUCGAGAACUUAGCAAUGCUAACCUUACAACAGUAACACCCUCUGCCUCCCACCUGAUAGUCUGCUCUCGCUCCCUCUCUAUGCGAAUAUAUUCUAUUCAACCGUCUCCUUCGAACGAACUCAAAUGCGAACUCCUCCGCACCCUCAAACCCCACAGCACACCCGUCAUUGUCCUUGCCGUCGACCAGACAAGCACAUUACUCGCAACCGGUGCAGCGGAUGGAGUUGUCAAGGUCUGGGAUAUCCAGGGCGGAUACGUGACGCAUACCUUCCGAGGUCCGAACGUGCUGAUAUCUGCGCUACAUUUUUUCGAACUGGUUGCGACCAGUCAGAAGGGAGAAGAAGUUGGAAUUUCUUCGCGCAACCGACAGGAGCGGCGAAAAAGUAACACUGAUGAUGAGCCAGAAAAUGAAGCCGCGAGGGGCUUUCGUUUAGCUUCUGGAAGCCAGGAUGGCAAAGUUCGCAUAUGGGAUCUCUAUAAGAGGAAUUGUGCUUCAGUUCUGGACUCACAUGUGUCCGAUGUCCGAGCCUUGGAUUAUUCCCGGGGUGAGAACGCCCUUUUAACAGCGAGUAGGGACAAAACCAUUAUGUGGUGGGAUGCGAGAACAUGGAAGGUUCGCAAAGUUGUGCCAGUUCUGGAAGAAGUUGAAGCAGCGGGGUUCAUUGGCGCUGGGAACUUAACAUAUACUGGAGGGGUCAAUGGGAUUAUUCGAAUAUGGCAGUCAGAUAACGGGAGAGAAGUUACGCAGCCGCAGUCGCCAAAGUCAGAGCCCGAUGCUAUUGUGGAUGGACUCUUGAUGCCUGGUUUGCCUUUCAUCUUGUCAGUACAAUCAGAUCAUACUAUGGUUCUGCAUUCCACGACUUCACUAGACGAUGUAGACUCUUCAGAUACUAUCCCGCCACUGGAAGAGCUGAGGCGCAUCUCCGGUACUCACGAUGAAAUCAUUGAUCUGGGAUAUCUUUUGCCCGAUCGAUCACUCUUGGCGCUCGCAACAAACUCAGAAGAGAUCAGGAUUGUGUCACUCGCUCAGCAAGAUGGAUCCGCCUACUUUGGAGCAGAUAUUGCUCAAUUAAGGGGACACGAGGACAUCAUCAUUUGUCUCGAUAUUGAUUGGUCUGGACACUGGAUAGCCACAGGUUCCAAAGACAACACUGCAAAACUCUGGAGAAUUGAUCCCGCAAAUUCGUCAUUUACAUGCUACGCUACUUUCACUGGACAUGCCGAAUCACUAGGUGCUGUCUCUUUACCAAAGGACACACCCCCUGAAUCAUGUGCAGCGUUCAAAUCACCGCUUGAUCAUCCGCCUGAAUAUCUCUUGACGGGAUCUCAAGAUCGGACCAUCAAACGAUGGGAUGUCCAGAAAACAAAAGCAUUAUACACUCGCAAGGCCCACGACAAAGAUAUCAACGCCAUCGACAUCAGCCACAAUGCUCAGCUAUUCGCUUCUGCUUCUCAGGACCGAACAGUCAAAAUUUGGUCUGUUGAAGAAGGCGAGGUACAAGGCGUGCUUCGCGGGCAUAGACGUGGUGUAUGGACUGUGAAGUUCGCACCGAAAGAUACGCCUACCAUUGUUGGUGACAGCGGACCAGCUGCUGGCAAGGGUUUGAUUCUCACAGGCAGUGGUGACAAGACGCUGAAGAUCUGGAGUCUUUCUGAUUAUACCUGCUUGCGGACUUUCGAAGGGCACACACACAGUGUCUUAAAAGUAGCAUGGCUCACCCUGCCACCGAAAGAAGACCGUGGGAGAAAACACAUACAUGUCGCCAGUGCCGGUGGAGACGGUCUGGUCAAGGUCUGGGAUGCAAACACUGGAGAGGUAGAAUGUACACUCGACAACCACGAAGACCGCGUGUGGGCUCUUGCUGUGCAUCCCUCUACCAACGCGAUAGUUUCCGGGAGCGGGGACUCGACGGUCACGUUCUGGAAAGACACAACCUCCGAGACUCUGGCUGCUUCUUCUGCUGCUGCAACGCAGUUCGUUGAGCAGGAGCAGGAGCUCCAGAAUUAUAUCCAUGCAGGUUCUUAUCGCUCCGCCAUCACUCUUGCGCUUCAACUCAACCACCCUGCUCGUUUGCUCUCCAUUUUCACAACUGUCACGACUAAAGUUCCGGAGGAGGGAAGUCUCUGUGGUAUCAAGGCUGUGGAUGAGGUCCUAGGUUCAUUGUCUGAUGAACAACUCUUUACCUUGCUUCUCCGUGUCCGAGAUUGGAAUACGAACGCAAGAAAUGCAUCUGUGGCGCAACGGGUCUUUUGGACUAUCGUGAAGAGUUAUCCUGCGUCGAGGCUGUCUAGCUUGAAAGGUGGUAAGGUGAAGGACGUUAUGGAUGCGCUGAGGUCACAUUCGGAAAAACACUUUAGAAGGUUAGAAGAAUUGGUUGAUGAGAGUUAUCUUGUGGAAUAUUCACUGAGGGAAAUGGAUGGGUUGGGGUUGUUGGACGGUGUCAAUGCUCUAGAUUCAGACAUUACUAUGACAGAUGUAGCCGUAAGAUAA